CUUUUCUCUGUCAAAAGAUGCCUAUUUCUCAGCCGAAGUAGGCAAGGAAACCAGUUAAACCUGAAUCCGUGUCAAGUCAGGAUAAAUGAAGUCUGAUCAAGGCUUAGUGGCACCCUCAGACCUUCAAGAAUCUCACAGUCUGUCCCCUUUCCUCCAACCCAACGGCUAACUUUGACGGAAGUAUUUGAGAAUGGGAAACCUAAAAUGGAUGUAUUGAAAAACCAUUUGGUCAAAGAAGGCCGGGUGGAAGAGGAGGUAGCCUUAAAGAUAAUCAAUGAUGGGGCUGCCAUCCUAAGACAAGAGAUGACCAUGAUAGAAGUGGAUGCUCCCAUCACAGUGUGUGGUGAUAUUCAUGGACAAUUCUUUGACCUGAUGAAGUUGUUUGAAGUUGGGGGACCACCCAGUAAUACCCGCUACCUCUUUCUGGGUGACUAUGUGGACAGAGGCUACUUCAGUAUCGAGUGUGUGCUGUAUUUAUGGAGUUUAAAGAUUAACUAUCCUAAAACAUUGUUUCUGCUUCGAGGAAAUCAUGAAUGCAGGCAUCUUACAGAGUACUUCACCUUCAAACAGGAAUGUCGGAUUAAGUAUUCGGAAAUGGUGUAUGAAGCGUGUAUGAACACAUUCGACUGUCUUCCUCUUGCUGCUCUCUUAAACCAGCAGUUUCUCUGUGUACAUGGAGGAAUGUCACCUGAAAUUAAUUGUUUAGAUGACAUAAGGAAAUUAGAUAGGUUUACCGAACCUCCUGCUUUUGGGCCAGUGUGUGACCUGCUUUGGUCUGAUCCCUUAGAGGAGUAUGGCAGUGAGAAGAACCAGGAGCACUAUAGCCACAACACUGUCCGAGGCUGCUCCUACUUCUUCAGUUACCCCGCUGUUUGUGAAUUUUUACAGAACAACAGUUUAUUAUCAAUAAUCAGAGCCCAUGAAGCCCAGGAUGCUGGGUACCGAAUGUACAGGAAGAGCCAAGCAACGGGCUUUCCAUCACUCAUUACAAUUUUCUCUGCCCCUAAUUACCUCGAUGUUUAUAACAAUAAAGCUGCAGUGUUGAAAUAUGAAAACAAUGUCAUGAACAUCAGGCAGUUUAACUGCUCUCCACACCCCUACUGGCUUCCAAAUUUCAUGGAUGUUUUCACGUGGUCUUUGCCUUUCGUUGGAGAAAAAGUCACAGAGAUGUUGGUCAAUAUUCUCAACAUAUGCUCUGAUGAUGAGCUCAUCUCCGAGGACGACACAGAAGGAGUCUCUUCAGUUCGAAAAGAGAUCAUCAAGAAUAAAAUCAGAGCCAUUGGGAAAAUGGCACGGGUCUUUUCGGUUCUUCGGGAGGAGAGUGAGAGUGUGCUAACCCUCAAGGGCCUCACUCCCACAGGCACACUCCCCUUGGGGGUCCUCUCUGGAGGAAAGCAGACCAUUGAGAGUGCCACAGCACAAGCGACACAGGAAGCCGUCAGAGGGUAUCCACACAGGAUCCGAACCUUUGAAGAAGCCCGAGGUCUAGACAGAAUUAAUGAGCGAAUGCCACCCCGAAAAGAGGGUGGGCAACUUGACGGGCCGGUAAAGACGGUACACCACUCACAUGCUGCACGAAGGAGCAUCCAUGGGAAGAAAGCCCCGUAAUGACUCAGAGCCCCGUGCAGCACAGAUGAGUCCCAACCAUGCAAUCAAAUGGUAUUUAUUUAUUAUUGGAAAUGGAACAGAAACAACUCAAACAACUUAACUUGGAGGUGCAUCUGUAAUUCAGUCGCAUUUAUUCUGUAAGAAAGAAGACCCAUUUUAUAAAUUCUUUUAAUUUAUGUUCAAUAUAUAUAAAAAGUACUUCUGUUUUGUUUCCCCCCCCUUGUCCAAAUUUUAGAAGUGGAUCUGGUGUGUGUGUGUGUGUGUGUGUGUGUGUUGGAAUCUUGUGCUAUAAAGGAGACUUUCCCCUAAUAAAAAGGGACUUGAAAACCUCAACCCUGGGUUUCUGACUCAGGCUUUAGUUAGCCCUUCCUUCUCUUGUUUGGGGAGGUGAUUUCUUUUUUCAAGACUUGUAACUUUGCUAACUCCAAUGUGUCUUUUCACUUUUCCCCCUUUCUGCUUGGUACCAGUGAAGAAAACCUCAGGUGUCAGUGGCUAAAACUGCUUCUGUUCUGAGGGAAACUUGAACUUCCAAGAGAACAACUUAAACCAAGUGAUUUUAAGAUCUAGAUGGGACUGUUUCCCACAAUAAUUUACUUUUGGACUCUUGAGUUCUGUGAUUGUGGGGUUUUUGUUUGUUUGUUUGUUUGUGAUACAUGGGAUUGAGCCCAUGCCUCACACAUGCUAUGGAAGUACUCUGCUGUUCAUCCACACAUUUUAAUGUGUUCUAAUAAAGUUCUUCCUAAAAAGUAA